AUGGUCGUUCGAACUGUACUUAUAACGGUUCUUCUUUCUCUUGUUGGUAAGAUUGUGUACUCAGAGAUUCUUAUAGAUAAACCUGAUGAAACACAACCAUAUAACAGUACAACCCUACCGUUUCCGCAUAUGACCAUACAAAGAUACGAGACCUUGUUUUUAUGAGGUUGGCCAUCGAAAAAGGAAAAAGCGAAUCAAAUCGACGGACACGGGGGCAGGGUACGGGUUUUGAAUAUUUCACGAUCAGUACCUAGAUAUGUCGUUAUUGAGUUUGAAAACCCCAGCUCAGUCCAAGUAGAGUUUAAGCAAAGAUAACGUUUAUGUCUACCCAAUAUUGAAAUUCGCUGAGGGGUUUGAAACUGAAUUUAUUUCAUGUCUUAGCCGUAAGCAAAGUUUGAGCCGAUAAAUAUUUGUUUUAUUGCAACUUCGCCAAGCUCCAAUCAGCUUUUGAACAUUUUCAACUGUGCUGAACGAAUGAUUAAAUCGAUUGAUGCACGUAAGUAUUUUAUUUAAUUUGCAUCAAAAAACUCAGUUGUAAACAACUUAGGUUAGAAAGUAAAUGCAUGCGGAGUACAAAUGUUUCACCUUUCAGUUUUGAUGGUGGACAACCGAAAAAAAUUUUACAGAAGUUCCACUUUAAGAAACUAAAGUGAUGACAUGUGAUGACAAAUUGUCUCUGAGAUGUCAGCCGGUUAUAGUCAGAAAACGUCAUAUAAACCCUUCUAAUUUUUGUUGGGUCGACUUAAAAAAAUUUAGAAGGGUCUAGAAGGGUUUGUAUGGAGUUUUCUAAGUAUGAAUGGGCUCCGAUCUCAGAGACAAUUUGCCCCGAAAUGCUCAUUGUUGGCAAGUAGGCCUCUUGGACAUUGAUCUUUCAGAAUAUCCUGACAAAUCCCAUGAUUUCAGAAAUUUCAUUUUUAUGAAGUCACACUUUAGUACUCUAUGCUCGGUAGGAACAUCUUAAUUUUGUCAACAAGUUUGAGAUCCGGAUCCCGACAUCCGCGUGAAAAUGGUUAAGUGUGUUCAUCAGAGCUCAAUUAACCUGGCUGCAUAAAAAUCUAUUGAUAGCAGGUUUGUAGUUAAUUUAGCCGUGUAACUUUUGAUGAUGAUAACUAAGACAAACUUGUGACAUACGUACAUCAACCUUUGGCCUGGCUAGUACCUCACGCAUGCGCACAACCAUAUCGACACCUUAACUUUGUCUUAAGUACCCACUACAUGUAUUUCAGUCUUUCAUUUGUAAAAUUAUGGAUCACUUUUCAUUUGUUCAUGUUGCACAGCCUUCAAUGCCUCCGCCGAUAGAGAGGUGGGCGAGGGUGGAUUGAGAGUUAAAAUUUUAGGGAGGUCAGGAAAGAUAAGAAUCGCGCGAGACGCCGGCGGUAGGAGCAGGAAUCUCUCAAGAGAUGACGGAGUAUUUGUCGUGGAAGUAGAUCAUGUAAAACAAAAGAAUGCACUGGGAAGCGAUGUUGGUAAAAAAGUGGAAACUCUAGCCAACCAAGACUUCUCCAUCGAUGUUAACAAGAGCGCCAACUACCAAGGUAGGUUACGGUUUAAUCUGAGACGAUUAAACAAUGUACUUAACAAUUAUUCCUCGAGCCCGAAUGGGCUCUGAGUCAAUAGCCCAUAAGGCCGAAGGCCGAAUGGGCUAUUGACUCAGAGGCCAUGAGGGCGAGAGGAAUAAUUGUUUUAGUAAAAUCCCACUAGUUGGUCAAAAAUUUUAGCUAGUUUAAGCUAAACUUUAAUCCUUUUUUGCCGCCAAAAAGCCCGCGAUUUUCGCUACUAGUGGGCUAUAACAUAUAGCUUAGUAGUAGCUCAACCAAUCAGAACGCAGCAUUGAUAAUAGACCACUAGCUGGAUUUUAAUAAUAAAUAAUGCGCGCGCGUUCUGCGAAAGUGAACGUGCUCUUCGUAGUGGAAUGAACAUCGUAUCCUAAGCGGUUGAAAAAGAACCUGAAAAAAAUUCAGGAUUGAAACUACGCGCUCUGCUGCAGAAAAACUCAUCUUUCUCUUACUGACGUUACGUACUACACUAUAUACAAUUGCCGGUUUUCAGUGUCACGCCAUUCAAAAUAGAUCAAAAUAGAAAUCAAAACCGUUCAAUAGAUAACGUCCAGAAUCUGGGAAAUGAAAAGAGGUACAAAAAAUCCUAACCCGAUAGUUUUUUAGUUUGAAUUUUAGUGACGUCAUGUGAAAACCAACAAUAAACAAGUAAAUUUCGUGGCAUUAUUAUCGUAUUAUUGUUACAAUUAUAAAGGAAAGAAAGGGACAUGUAAAGAAUCAACCAUACGAGGACACAUAAAAAAUCUGAGCCCCAGAUGGGAUUCGAACCCACGACCCCUCGUGUUCUAGAUCUGUGUCCUCAUAUUGUUGAUUCUUUACAUCUCCCUUUAUUUCCUUUAUAAUACUAAUAUCAGUGGCAUAGACUGUUACAAUUAUUAUCAUUAUUAUUAUUAUUAUUAAAUUAUUAAUUAUGUUCUAGAUAUCCAUUCAAAUCACGUGAGGUUUCAGAAGACUUCACUUUCGCUGUAGCUGGUCUACAUCUGCACUCAUAAUUUUACUCAUAGUUUUUUUCUUAGUAAUGCUUGAUUUUCCUAUUCCCACUCUUAAAUUAUUCACAAUUGUAAAUAGUUUUCUAUCGUGGACAUAUAUUUAGUUUUUAAUUAGUAUCUUAGAAUUCUGAAUUGUGAAGGGGUUUUGCCGGAAAUUUGUAUUUACAUAAUAUUGAUGUGGACGUUUUAUUUUUAUGAAUAUUUUACAGAAGUUUUGUGUGUAGUUUUUAUAAGAUUUUUAGAAGAUUUUAAUAAAGAAUUUAUCACUUAUUGAAUUAUUAUUAUUACUGUUACAAUUAUUAUUAUUGUUAUCUUUGUUUUCUGUUCAAUUUAUGUAAACAAAUACAUUGAAUUUCAUGAAAAGAAAAUGUGCCCUGUUGUUAUUCUUGGCAUACUCAUGAUUUCAGCUCCCUCUUUUUUUUUUUUUUUUUUUUUUUUUUUUUUUUCUUUACUAGAACAAUGUUUCAGCACUGCGUACUUUCAAUUGAUUAUAUUGACGAAACUAGGCGGUCUACAAGCUCAUCUUGUUUUUCAUUUCUACAGGGAUUUCAAUGUUACACACUUCCUCUCUAAUGCAUUUCAUUUUAUUAUUAUUAUUAUUAUUAUUAUUAUUAUUACUCUUUUCCGUCUAUCUAUUAUUUGUUUAUCUAUUUAUUCAUUUACUUAUUAUUGAUUUAAACUAGGUGUUACCGCCGCCCACAUCAACUUGAAGUCUUACCUGGACGCUCCAAAAGCCCAUCUCAUUGUGGACAUUUACAUCUUCCGUGCAACUGGAAAUGUCACUUUUGGCAAUGAAACAACUGAAGUGCAGAACGGCACCAUGAAAUUCUUCGUGGAGGUGAAUUUUUGCCUUCUUUUAUUUGUGUCAAUAAAGGUUAUAGAAAGGAAGAUAAACAGUUUCUCUCUGGGAGGGGGCAAUUUACGCCAGCUGUGUGCCGCGGGUUUAAUCAGCGCUUUCCCUAAGAGUAUGCAUAAAAUUAAAAAAUGACGUCCUCUUUAAAGGCACGCUGAAAAAGAGAUGAUUGCCAACAUCGAUAUUUAUGAAGCAAUGGCAAAAUUGGAUUGUUUUGUAAUAUUGUUCUUAAACAAGCAGAUUAAUUCUUCACAGCAUGUUAUGUUCAAUUCUUUUGGGGGACCCCAAUGUCAAAGACUGAAAUAUCGUUUUCCAGAGCGCAACCUUGGAUCUUCUUCGUUUUUUGAUAUCCUAUGGCUAUAUUACAGUAACUUUAAUUUUUCUACUGAGAGAAAAAGUCUUUUUUCUCCCUGCUUCUUUUUCUUAGUAGUGUAGGAGUGUGACUCUUUACCCCUUAAAAUAAGAAAUUGUACUUGAUAGUACUCAAUAAAUUGAAAGUCAAUUUUAAAAGCUUCGUUUCAUUUAGUUGAUAUCUACUAGCAAGAGCCUUUAGGACGCCCUCUACUAGCUAGUUUUCGCAGUCACUCACCCUUCGUUAUUUAAUGGUCGCAUUGCAAACCACUGUCGUGAACAACAUUUCCUAAACUAAACUGGAAAUCAAACGGUUUAACAUUGAACCUUAAAAAAUGGCAAAGAAGAUGCACAUGGUGCACCGGUCAUGGCAUAGUCUCCGCUAUAGAGAUACGACUAUGUUAUGGCUUAGACUGGUCAAUCAAAUCUGAUCUGCGAAUGUAAUCUUAUCUAUGACCAUACGGAAUGAGACGAGGCUAUUUCAUUUGUCAAUUUUGUAGAUUAAAAACUAUACUUUCUGCGAUGGACAAGCCAUACCUUCCAUCUGCAGAGCAAAUGAAGUGGGAAAAUACCUUGAGGUGGCAAUUGUUGUGAAGGGCAAAAAGGGAGAAACGCCAGAAGCGGAGAAUGAGGCCGAUAGAAAGAACAGGGAGGACCGCCGUCCAACUGGCAAAAGACCCAAAGGAAUGCGAUGUCCCUUAACUGAGGAUAGAUGCCCCAAGACUUACCGUAUUGGCAACGACACUAUCGGAUUGUCCAAAGAGGUAAGAAGAGAACAUUUGUUUCACGUGCACAACUUCAGUCGUGAUCGAGCCUCGAUAACCGCGCCAAUUUUGAAGUUUUGCUUGACACUUAGGUUGAUCUUGUGUCAAACUGCACUAUAAGACUGUUCUUGGUAGGCUACUUUUACGCGCGACUCACUUUUAUUUAAGAAAAGAGGGGGAAAAAGGAAAACCUAUUCAAACGAAAACUAGAAAAAUCGUGAACAACGUGGUUUAGUGUAAUCUGCUUCACAACCGUUCUUUGCGUCGUCACGCAAGGCUCCUCCCCACAAACGUCUACUAAUCGAACCACAUCCAUUUCCGCAUAUCAUCCAUUCAGGUUUCAGCUUCAAUUUUCUAGGUGUUCGUACCACGUUUACGGUACGGGGGGAGGGGCGUUGCGUGACGACACAAAGAGUGACUAGGUUUAGUGCAGUGGUACCUUUUUAAAGGUAAAGCUACCUCUAAAUGUAUGAGAUCGUGGACUUCACGACAAGGGCAUUGUUAGUGGCUACACACCGUUACCAGGUUCAAAAUCUGCUGUGAAUGCUGAUUUAACUAAAUUCAUAUUGUAUCAGCAGUACAAUUUAAUAACAAUGGCUGUGGUGUAGCGUUACCUUAAAAACGUUCCUUUUUUAUGAACAUCCAUGAAAUAUUGGGAGAUUAGACCUAUUUUUACAAAAAAAAAUCAGCCAAUUAAUCAGUAAUUAGAGUUUUUACAAUUUCUUGUCUCCUCCGACGAGAUUCAUUUACUGAUAUUUUAGUGCAAAAAUGACGGCGAGAAUGUAAAGAUGCCUGAGGGAUACCCCAAGUUCGUGAGGCAAGGCAGCAAAAACAGGUUCAUCUUCCGAUGCAACAAGUUUAACAGAACCGUCAUCUUUGACCCAUACGUAGAAGUGAGUGAAGGGGAUGACACAGAUGACAGUCCGAUGCCUCCUACAGACAGCAGUCCGAUGGUUCCUACUGAGAACGCGACUUCUAUCCACGUGAAUGUUUUCAUGUUUAUAACAUUGCUUGCCACUUGUUUCAUGUAAAAUGGUGAAUGGUGUGAGGGUGUCUUUCUUAGCAAUUAUCGGAUGAGGCUGAGUAUGAUAUGAAGUAUUAUGCAUUCAAAAGCCGAAGUCAAUAAUGUUGUUAUUAUUCAAUUUCAUAUUUCAUGUUUAUUGCACUGCUUGUCUCUGUGUAAAGUACAAUCAUAUGUAAGAGUUUCAUCAAGUAUUUGGAUAUCGAAUGGAGCACUCCUUGUAGCGUUUGACGUUAAGUGAUAGGUUCAUUGUAAACAUGGUAAAGUAAUACAGGUCUCUGGGACUUACGUACCGGACCCAAGUCCCUGCAGGCCCCAGAAACAAAUUUUAGCUGGCCAGCACCGCACUCGUGAAUGCUUUCAUUGUGUCUAGGUUUAUUCGUCUGGAAUAAAAUUCGCUGAAAAAA